AUGCCACGAAAACGCAGAGGAAAACGUCAUGUUUAUCAUUACGACGAAGAAAAUGGUCUUUUAGAGGAGAUUGUCAAAGUAACGUCCCCACCGGGCAAGCCCAAAGCCAUCAAGCGGUAUGAAAAGCCCUCGGCAGCGAGUGUUGCCGCGGACUGGAAUUCGGUGAAUCGCACUUACUGCGUUGUGUGUAGAUUAUACCCCGCUGUGGUGGCUGAAAACCCAGUUCCUGGAUCAAAGUUUAUAUACAUUGACGAGCUUAGUAAAAAAUUGUUCGCGAAAAUGACAACCGAAGAAGAAUAUCGUCAGCAGGAACUGGAGCGAAUUUUCUCCAAAAGGAAAAUAACCAGUAUUACGGAGUUUUAUGUGGCUCUUUCGUCUUCACUGACCAAUUGCAAUGCACGUCAGGCAUGCGCCAAGAAGCUAGCAGUGGAGAUGGACUGCAGUGAUGUUGCACUUAAAAUUACCAAUGGUCACAGUUUCGAAAAAGUCACCGAACUAAGUCGAUGGGUUCCGCAUGAACUGACGGAGGAGUCCAGGAGAAGACGUGGGGGGAGGUUCGAUGUUCCACCUUCUAUUCGUAUCGAUGGCCUGGCUCCAUAUGGUCUUAUGCCGUAUAAAGGACUUGCACAGCCUCGUCAAAUCAUAAUUGAUGAACCAUGCGUAAUUUGCGAAGGAAUCGGCGAGGAAUCGCCAAAAAUUCAAUGUGAUUUUUGUAAAUAUGUUUAUCAUGUCGAUUGUCUGCAAUUUCCUCUCUGUUCACCGCCUUCCGAAGCAUGGAUGUGCCCGAACCAUGUGGAACCUAUUGUGGAUUUGAAGCUGCUGAAUUCAAUAAGUUUUACUGAGCGCCGUCGAAUAUGGUUGCGGUAUGCUAGGCAACCUGUAAAUGAGAUGGAAAUCCGUAAAAAUUUCGUCGAGAAGGUAGUUAGCAGUCAUAAAGGAUUAAGCGACUGUUUCUUAAAGGAUGAAAUUUCCCUGAAAAAAAGUAACUCCGAGUAUCUGAAGAAGGAGGCAGAGUCUGAUGGCGAGCAAAUGAGACGAUUCCCGAAGUGUUUCGACGGUUCAGUCAUCGUUCCGGAAACUCGGCGAACUAGACGAUCGAGCAACACAGUCUCGAAUCGCUUGGAAGUCAGCGGACUGGCGGAAGUACCCAGAACCGUCAGUGAAGCUUUUUCGUCUACUCCUUCUCAAGCAUCUAAGAAGCCUAACUACUCAUCCCCUUUCUGCGCAGCAAUCCUUCCAAGAUUGGAUAAUAGAAUGAGUUGUGGUUCACAAUUAUACUCGCACGAUCGCGUAUAUAGUAUCAUGUUGCCGUACAGGACGGAUGAACAGCAAGGGUCUCACUUUGUUCAUGUCGAUUUCGGUCUAGAUGAAGGUAAUUGUUCGUUGGAUUGCCGAUCGUUUUCGACUGAUGAAGAUCUGUGCCAUUCUCCCAUUGUUAUUCCGAAUCGCACAGAAAAUGCUGCACCUACGCCAUUAAUGGCUGACACACCAUCUUCUCCGCUAUCCUUGGAUCCAUGUUGCCAAGAAGUCAUGAAGAAAAGAAACGAAUCAAAUCAUCAAAUACCAUCCAUAGACAUCACACCGACAAUCAAAAUGUUAGACGCAGGACGUGGCUCUCUGCUAAGGGCUCUUCUUGACGGCACAGAUGGCGUUUCCCAUGUGGAACCGGCAAUUGAAAAACAGCGCUUCAUCAUGCAGCGAACACGUCAGCCAAAAAAGUUCGCAGUGAAGUCAAAGACUUGA